AUGAUCAACAACCCAACAUUCUGCACAGGCUGUAGACUGGGUAAGAAACAAGUCAAAUUAGUUGGCCCUUGUCUUUGGCGUAAAACAGCAAGUGAGGUCUACACAGCUAUGAAGGACAAGAACAUGGUUGUGAUCCAUGUGGCCAAGAUUGACAACCAAGAUUGUGCUUUUGCACACUUCAAGAGUCACGACGAAGCCUCGGCGUUUUUCACCAGAUACAAGGAGCCUGGCUUUGAGCUCUUCCAUGAGCACGUUAACGUGCAACCCACCCAAAACGAUGGCGUCGAAGUGACAUACACUCAGCAAUCCAUUGAGAACUUCGUUGUACGAACGGUCCAGUCGUCGUCAGCGCUUCCCUCGGCUGCCGUCACCAGCCCACUACCUGCCACCAUUGCCACCAUUGCCGCCACUGCCACCUCUGCCACCAUUACCACCACUGCCACCAUUACCACCUCUGCCGCCACUGCCACCUCUGCCACGCAGCCUUAUCCUUGGAAAAGACUUCAACAACAGAAGGAAAACGUCCUUGGAAAUAUCAGGACAAUGGAAGAAAAAUUAGAACUUGCUCGUAAAUUAAUGGAAUAA